AUUGUUCGGUAUUUACCAAAGAUUUAAAGUGUUCAAUACAAACAUAUGGACAAACUCAGUAAAAAGCAUAAACUCCGAAUCAAAAUCAUGGACUUCGAUUUACCCGCCAUAAGAUUUGAGACGGUCAAUUAAAAUGGAUGUAAUUAUAUAAUCAAUAAUUUAAAUUGAUUUCAAAUAUCAAAGCGUUAAAAUUGUUAAAAUGUUCCUUUUGUAAAAACUUCUAUACUUCAAUUUCAUAACGAUACAAAUGUUGGUUUUUUUCGUUCAGCGAUAACUUUCAGAAAUCUACCAUGGAUGUAUGACAUUAUCUUUAAGAAAGACGAAUCUACUGUUUUCUUUCUUGUUUUUCUGGCCUUUUGUUAUACAAAUGCCAUCCUAUUCCAAACAUGUGUAAACACGCCAUCAAAAAUUGUACGAAUUAUUAUUUAACUUGUUCUUCGUCUUCAAAGGCCAUCGAAAGAGCUAACAAGAACUGAUUAACGUGAUUUUGUUGCUGUAACGCUAGUACCGUGUGCGUUUUGUUAUUGCAAUAAAUUUACUCGAGUCUACCAUGUUUUACAACACUGCACAUUUAAAAUGUGGUACUUGAUUGCAAACUUCGAUAAUGGAAGGGGAAACAGAAGCAUCAGAUUCAAAGAAGAAAACAAAGCCAAAACCAAAGCCGAAACCGAAACCACCACCAGAGCCAAUAGUGUACCUCGGAAAAACUGCUAAAACUAAUGCUAAACUUUUAAAAGCAAAACAACGGGUUCCACCUCAAAAAAAGCCAGAAAAAAAAGAAGAGAAGAAAGAGGGCGAGGAAGAGCUUCCUCCAGAGAAAAAAGAAAAGGAAGAGAAAAAAAUUCAGAAAUCGCAGAAAAAAGUAUCUAAAGCAAAGGCUAGAGCAAAAAAGAAGUCCGAGGACGCCGAAUUAGCGCGACUAGUUAAAAGGCAAGAACUUAAGGCGAAAUAUAAGGAAAUUAUAAAAGUACGCGAAAAACGCAAGAAGAAAGAAGAGCCGGAGAAAAAACUUUGCACUAUAACAAAAGGUAAAGCAAAAUCUGCGGUCGAAGAAGAUAAGAAAACUAGACCUGGCUCAGGCGAAAAUCUUAAAGACACAAUAUAUCACGACAUGUCGAUGGAUAUAGAUCCCCAAGAGCAUCGCCCUAAGACAGAACCCGAAUUAUUAUUGGUACCAAAAUACUACAAAUUCGAAGAGAUUAAAAGCAAAGUCGAAGCUAAAGAAGAGCCUUUGAAAGAACUUUUUAGCAAAACUUUCCAAAUGUAUAAAGCCCAGGAAGUGAUGCUUGCUUUUAAUGGCGGCAAGGACUGUACUGUCAUAUUGCAUAUGCUCGAUCAGUUUUUUCAAAAGAAUCACUGUCUCAAACAUCUUAAAAUACCUACAUUAUUUAUAACGGAUCCAGAUGGCUUUCCAGAGGUUGAGGAAUUUGUUAACGAUUGUGCGAAGUUAUACAAUAUUGAAUUAAUUAAAAUGCCAGGUACUAUUAAAGAAGCGCUAGAUGGAAUUUGCAAAGAGAAACCGUUAAUUAGAGCCAUAUUUAUGGGCAGUAGGCGAACUGAUCCCCAUUGUCAGGAUUUAAAAGUAAUGCAACCCACAGAUCCCGGUUGGCCACCAUUAAUGCGUAUUAACCCUAUUCUUGACUGGACGUGCCGCGACGUGUGGCAGUAUAUGUACGUAUAUAACGUGCCCUAUUGUAUAUUGUACCAAAGAGGCUUCACUUCGAUUGGUAACAAGAAGAACAGCAAACCCAAUCCUUAUUUACGAAUAAUCGAAUCUACUACGGGACGUGUUUUGGAUUAUCGCCCUGGACAUGAGCUUUUAGACAACGAUAAUUUGGAACGUGCUGGUCGCGUUUAGUUUAAACGUCUUCCUUUUCCUUUACCUAUCUUCUUCGAAGUUAAACUUCACCUUUUUAACCACUUCAUAAAGACUUACGAAGACAAGCAAUCAUAGUAGUUAAGUUUCAAUAACUACAAACUAGCUAACCAAAUACUUUUUUAUAUAGCUUUACUUUAGAAAAAAUUUUUAACUGUAAAUUGCCAAUAAAAUUUUAAAUUAUCCUAUAAGUAUAGU